AUGGCGGAAGGAUUCAGAAGCCGGGUAUUGGCUAAGGUCAAGUCUCUUGGGGACUCCUUUACCUCAAAAAAGCCCCAUUUCAACUUCAUCACAGCCCACUAUCUCUGGGUUGUCUCUGCUACGAUUGUCGCGUCUAUUUUAAUAUUCGCAGGUGGCAAGGGCAAUAUUUCAUACACAGAUGCAUUGCUUUUCGCAAGUGGCUCCAACAGCCAAGCAGGCCUCAAUCCUGUGGAUGUCAAUCUCCUCAACACAUUUCAACAGAUCGUCAUGUAUAUAUUUCCCAUGCUAUCAAACCCCAUCACGCUGCACGGAUCUGUCGUCCUGCUUCGCUUAUAUUGGUUUGAGAAGCGGUUCCAAGGGCUGGUCCGAGAUGUGAGACAGCGCCGCAUGCCCCUGAGCAAAUCCAAGUCAAAGGCACGAGAUGAACUCCGUCGUGUCGAGGAAGGUGUGAACGGUCGAGACAUUACUCGGGUCAAUACCAGCACCGACACAUCUCACAGAGUAACCAACGACGGUGUCCUCUUAUCCCCCGAGAACAUCGCCCCAAACGAAAAGGCUGUCAGUAGCAGCAGUGGGAGUGAGACAACGUUUCAUGACGACAAGAUAGAAGAUGUCAAUAACCAUUAUCUAGCUGAAGACCACGCGGACCUCGAACCCCAGACCACGACGCAAUCUGCCACACAACCCCAAGAGACUCAAAGUGCAGGUCAAACUCAACCUCGCCCAUUUGGGUCUAUUACGUUCGCCGAGACUGUCAAGAGGAGUGAUGGAAUCGAGGAGGACAUGGCAGUUGGUAUGCGCAACCAUUCCAAAUCCGAGCAUAUCGCCAUUUUAGAACGACAGCGGAACCAGGAUAACGAGGUCCUCCGCAUCCCAGGCCCUAGAGAAAUCGAAAGAGGCCUUGGACCUCGGCGACUUGAUGAGGAUGACCAACCUGACGAUGACAACCCACUCUAUACCGCUAUCACAAGAGAUUCGCGACCAGAUCAGAUACACAUGCGCCGAAAUCCUACCAUCACCAUUGCGGAACCUGAGCACAGAAGGAAAGAUGAUGUGGCUGAUGACGGGAGAUCUGCUGCAGGCAUGUCAUUCCGCCGAAGAACGUCCCGAAUGUUCAGCAGGCCACUAAGCGCCGCUCGUGACGACGAUGCAGAUAGUCGUAUGACCCGUGGAUCUCGCGCGAGGACGAUGGAGACGUUGCGGUCCGCACUUUCUCGCGAUAAGUACGACGAUAUGCCGUAUCUGAGCUACACCCCUACCAUGGGCCGCAACUCGAACUUUGUUGGCCUCACACUCGAGCAGCGAGAAGAACUGGGAGGUAUCGAGUAUCGAUCAUUAAGGACUCUGGCAUUCAUCCUCCUUGGAUACUUCUGGGGGUUCCACCUCCUUGCUGUAAUCUGCCUCCUUCCGUUCAUCCUACACAACAAUCACUAUGGGGAUAUCCUGGCCAGUGAUGGUGUUGGCAGAGUAUGGUGGGCCUUUUGGUCGGCAAAUCUUUCCUUCAUGGAUGUUGGAUUUUCCCUUACUCCCGAUAGUAUGAUCUCGUUCCAGACAUCAGAGUACGUGCUUAUGAUCCUAUGGUUCUUCAUCAUCAUCGGAAACACUGCUUUCCCAGUGAUGCUGCGGUUCAUCAUUUGGGUCAUGUCCAAGAUUGUUCCUCGUCACUCGGGAUUAUGGGAAGAGCUCCGAUUCUUGCUCGACCACCCUCGCCGAUGUUUCACACUCCUAUUCCCAUCUGCAGCCAACUGGUGGUUGUUCGGGAUCUUGGUUGCCUUGAACGUUAUAGAUGUCUUCUUUUUCAUCGUCCUAGAUAUCAACGCCCCUGCUAUACAGCAUCUCCCCGUCCACACCAGGGUUGUCAAUGGUUUGUUCCAAGCUGCAUCGACACGCACGGCUGGUUUUUCCAGCGUUAACUUGUCAGACCUUCAUCCCGCUAUGCCCGUCCUGUACAUGAUCAUGAUGUACAUCAGCGUCUUCCCCAUCGCCAUUUCCAUCCGCAGGACCAACGUGUAUGAGGAGAAGUCUCUCGGCGUCUACCCUGAUAAGAAAGAUGAUGAUUUUGAUGAUGAGAAUGUUCACACCGCCAACGCCAUGUCUUAUGUCGGGACCCAUUUAAGAAGGCAGCUCUCCUUCGAUCUUUGGUUUGUCUUCCUUGGCUUCUUUCUUCUCGCUAUCUCUGAGGGCUCGAGAAUCAAAGCGGGCAAGUUUGAAAUGUUCAGCGUCCUCUUCGAAAUCGUUAGUGCAUAUGGCACCGUCGGUCUGAGUUUGGGAGCUCCCGGCAUCAAUGCCUCUCUUUGCUCGCAGUUCAGCGUUCCGGGCAAGCUCAUCAUUGUGGCAAUGGAGAUUCGUGGUCGUCAUCGUGGGCUUCCGUACGGGCUGGACCGCGCCGUUAUCCUCCCGAGCGAAUCUCGGCUUCGUAAAACAGAAGACUCGCAGCCCCCCGUGAUCGGUCGAACUAUCACCAAAGCUUCCACUGUAGCGACACAAGGCGGCCUUCAACGACGUGGGAGCACCGCCAGCCGGAGAGGAAGCUUUACGCAAGAGCGGGAUCGCAGACUCCUUACCAAGUUCCUCCAUCCCGGCCCUGUGGUUCCCCCAGGCGUUAUUCACUCUCAGAAGAGGAGAAAGUCGGUGGACUCGCAGGCUUUGUCUCAGGUCCUAUCAAAUGGGUCCAAACAACCACAGUCCGAAAUGUCAGCAGGGGAUGGUCUCGAAGGCUAUGAUCAUAACCCGAACGCGACAAAUUCUUAA